GUGGUAUGGCGCCUUCUCUGGCCCAGGCGUACCGGCGGCGAUGGUGGAUGGCCAUAACGGCCGUGAUUGAGAACCUGCUAUUCUCGGCUGUUCUCCUUGGGUGGGCUUCGCUCCUGCUGAUGCUGACCAAGGAAGGCUUUUACUCUCACCUCUGUACAGAGUCUGGCAACGUCUCUGUGAACUCCUCAAGCGAUUGGCAUGACCAGAACAUCACACACGGAUCGUGGGCCAGCUGUGUGGACCAGGCGGAGAUGUUGAACCUGGGCUUCACCAUCGGCUCCUUUCUGUUGAGUGCCACCACUUUACCCCUGGGCAUCCUGAUGGACAAGUACGGGCCAAGGAUGCCACGGCUGAUUGGCAGUGCCAGUUUUGCCCUGUCCUGUGCCAUGAUAGCCACAGCUGCCUACAACCCACCAAGUCUCUCUGCGCUGAUCUUUCUCGCCCUUUCUCUCAAUGGCUUCGGAGGGAUUUGUUUGACGUUUUCAUCUCUGACCUUACCAAACAUGUUCGGCAACUUGCGGUCGACCAUCAUGUCCCUGAUGAUUGGCUCAUACGCAUCCUCUGCUGUCACCUUCCCUGGAAUUAAGGUGAUCUACGACUUUGGCGUCUCGUUCAUCGUCAUCAUGUACACGUGGGCUGGGCUGGCCUGUCUCGUCUUCCUGAACUGCUACGUCAACUGGCCCCUCCAGGCCUUCCCAGACCCCGAAGAGGCCAGUUACGUGAAGAAGAUCAAGCUCAGUAGCCUGGCCCUGGACCACAAGGUGACCGGCGACAGGUUUUACGUCCACGUCAGUAACGUGGGCCAGAGGCUGAGCCAGAAACUUCCGGAACACGACGAGUUCAAACAUCUCUCCACAGACAGCAUAGCCAAGGCUGACAGCACCAAGAAAGAGACCUCCAUCCCAUUCCGGAAAAGCGUGUUCUCCGCCAUCUUCCUGUGGAGCCUGGUUACCAUGGGGAUGACCCAGCUCCGCCUCAUAUUCUACAUGGCCAGUAUGAACAAGAUGCUAGAGUUCAUCGUCACCCACGGAACUGAUUCCACGGAAUUACUGGAUGAAGCCGGGGAAAUUGUGAACUUUUAUUCGUCCAUUUUUGGGAUCCUCCAGCUGCUGUGCUUGUUCACCUCUCCCCUCAUUGGCUACAUCAUGGACUGGCGACUGAAGGAAUGUGUCGAUACGUCAAUAAGUCCGACGACAGACCAUUCUUCUGGGAAAAAGCCGCGGGACAGAACGGUCCAAAAACUGACCAAUGCCAUCCGAGCUUUUGUAUUUACGAAUCUCCUCCUUGUGGCGUUUGGUGUCACAUGUCUGAUCAACAUUCUCCCAUUACAGUACCUCACCUUUAUCUUCCACACUGUGGUCCGGGGAUUCAUCCAUUCUGCCUGUGGGGGUCUCUAUGCCGUUGUCUAUCCCACCAACCACUUUGGCUCUCUGAUCGGGCUCCAGUCCCUGGUCAGUGCGGUGUUUGCCCUGUUCCAGCAACUCCUCUUCAUGGCCAUGCUGGGACCACUCCAUGGAGACCCCUUCUGGGUGAAUAUCGGCCUGCUGCUCCUCUCUGCCACCGGUUUCCUGUUGCCCGGCUACCUGUGGUACCACCGGCGCAACAUCCUGAAGGCCCAGGAGGGGGCGGCGGCGGGGCGAGGCCGGGCCGAGCGGGGGACCGGGGGCCGGGAGCCCCCGGACGGUGGGACUCCCCCCAGCCCACCCCCGGGUGGGCCCGUCCCACCCGGGAAGCCGGCCUCCCUCAACGGCCUGCUCCCCUGCCACGAGAGUGAGGCCUAGGCGAGGCUGACCAGGCCUGGGCCUUGUCCCAUCUCUCCCCCCCCACACACCCCCAACCACCUCAUCCUGACUGAAAAACCCAAAGUGGGCCUGGCCCCCUCCCUCAAUCACCCCCCCAACCCUCGCAAUACCUCAAUUAUGUCCGUGUCAUGUACGUGCUGGAAGUGGGGAUCCUCGCUGAAGGCCGCUCUGGAGUUUAUUUUCCCGUCCAUUGUAAAUAGGAUCUUUUGCUCUUUUUCUCUGCCUCUAAAGGGUCUCUUUCAAUGAUAAGUUUUAUUUUUGACCGUGAAACAUAACGUUGAUAUUUUUAUUAAUAUCACUCGAUAUCUAUAAAUAUAGAUGUGUAUAUGGAUAUGUACAUAUAUAUGUAUAUAUUUUGCCAAUGAAAUGGUUGCUUGGGAUUAGCUGAACGAUUAGUUUUCUGCCCCCAUCCCCCGCUGCCCCUCAUAGUUUCCGCUCGGUGUUGUGUAGGUGGGGGGCGCCUGUUGCCGGUGGCGCUCUCUCUCUCUCUCGCAUCGUCAGGACGGAACGCAAGAAUGCCAAAUCUCUGAGCCCAUCGCCACAGUGUGUCUGGGCUCCAGCAGGGAGACUAGGGGUGGGGGAGGGGAGUGGGGAGGGAAGCCCCACCCGGUUGGCGAGUGACCUCUGACCGGAGUUCACCCGCUGCCACCCGACCUCAUCGCAGGGAGGGAAGGCUGGGGCCGCUAUUGAAAGGCGGGGGUCACCUCAGAUACUACUACAACAACAACAUGGCGCCCACGAGUGCCUCUUCCCCCGGGAACCCACCGAGUUAUCGGAUACUCCGUGACGGGUUUUCGUAGAUGAGGUAGGGAACGCCCCCCCCCCCCCACCAACUAUCGAGGGGGCAAUUGCACUACAGAGGCUUCACCAAAUACGAAACACUUCACUCCCCCCUUCCCCCCCUCCACCGGUGAGUGGGAGCUGUUUCCACAGCUCUUCUCAAACACCUCGGCAGGGUGGUUUUGGAUGUUGGGGUAGACAGGGGUGGGAUUUAUUCAAACAUAAUUAAUUUUUUUUAAAAAAAAAAGCCUAAAAUCAGCAGGCACUCUCAGGAAUUGGUGGGGGGAUGAUCAGAUGGGUCGUAAGCGUUCCUCUGGUCCACCACCCUCCUUCAGGGUAGGACAUUAGCCCUCCUUACCUGGUCUGAGGCCUACGCGUGACCGCAGAGCCACAGCAACCUGGCAGGCUCCAACUGCUCCCUCAACCACAAGGCAGGGCCUUGGAGAACCACAGGCCCAGCUCCCUGGGCUGGUUCACACUCAGAGAGCUGCUCCUGGAUCCACAGGCACUUCUGGGCUCGAUGACAGAGGUCCCGAUCAUUUCAAACAGAGAGAGUUUUCAAAGGGAGGUGCAGGUCACUACAAGGGGUUCAGGGUGGGUUAGAUACAGAAUAACAGAUACCCGGGAGUGAGUUACAGACUGGAAUCUGAUCGAGGGGUUCGGGGCGGGUUAUAUACAGAAUAACAGAUACCCCGGGAGUGAGUUACAGACUGGAAUCUGAUUGAGGGGUUCAGGGUGGGUUAUAUACAGAAUAACAGAUACCCCGGGAGUGAGUUACACACUGGAAUCUGAUCGAGGGGUUCGGGGUGGGUUAUAUACAGAAUAACAGAUACCCCGGGAGUGAGUUACAGACUGGAAUCUAAUCGAGGGGUUCAGGGUGGGUUAUAUACAGAAUAACAGAUACCCCGGGAGUGAGUUACAGACUGGAAUCUGAUUGAGGGGUUCAGGGUGGGUUAUAUACAGAAUAACAGAUACCCCAGGAGUGAGUUACAGACUGGAAUCUGAUUGAGGGGUUCAGGGUGGGUUAUAUACAGAAUAACAGAUACCCCGGGAGUGAGUUACAGACUGGAAUCUAAUCGAGGGGUUCAGGGUGGGUUAUAUACAGAAUAACAGAUACCCCCGGGAGUGAGUUACAGACUGGAAUCUGAUUGAGGGGUUCAGGGUGGGUUAUAUACAGAAUAACAGAUACCCCGGGAGUGAGUUACAGACUGGAAUCUAAUCGAGGGGUUCAGGGUGGGUUAUAUACAGAAUAACAGAUGCCCGGGAGUGAGUUACAGACUGGAAUCUGAUCGAGGGGUUCAGGGUGGGUUGUAUACAGAAUAACAGAUACCCCGGGAGUGAGUUACAGACUGGAAUCUAACCGAGGGGUUCAGGGUGGGUUAUAUACAGAAUAACAGAUCCCGGGAGUGAGUUACAGACUGGAAUCUGAUCGAGGGGUUCAGGGUGGGUUAUAUACAGAAUAACAGAUACCCCGGGAGUGAGUUACAGACUGGAAUCUAACUGAGGGGUUCAGGGUGGGUUAUAUACAGAAUAACAGAUACCUGGGAGGGAGUUACAGACUGGAAUCUGAUCGAGGGGUUCAGGGUGGUUUAUAUAUAGAAUAACAGAUACCCGGGAGUGAGUUACAGACUGGAAUUUAGUCAUUGGUUUUGGUGUGGAUUGUGUGUGAAAUAACAGAUAUCAGAGUGAGUUUCCGAUUGAAUCUGAUCAAGGGGUUCAGGGUGGUUUAGCUAUAGGAUACCAGGUAACCCAGGAGUAAGUUACAGACUGGAAUCUUUUCAAGGGUUAUGGGGUGGUUUAUAUAUAGGAAAACAGAUACCUGGGCGUGAGUUACAGAUUGGAAUCCAAUCAGGGAGGUUUAUACGUAGAAUAACACAUACCCAGGAGUGAGGUAUAGACAGGAAUCUAAAUCAAUUGGUUGGUGGUGCUUUAUAUAUAGAAUAACAGAUAGCCGGGAGUGAGUUACAGACAGGAAUCUAAUUGACGGUGUCAGGGAGGAUUAGAUAUAGAAUGUACACUGUACAAUGCAGACAAGAUUGACGCUGUGAGAGGGCUAUUCAUCAUGAGUGUGCCUCAUUUCCAGCUUUAAUUCCCACCUCUCUGUGGGACACUCUCUGGUACUUUUCUGCGGUACACCUUCAGGAGACAAGGGGUGGGAGGUGUUUUGUGUCUGGAAAGCAAUCUCAGGGUAAGCUAACUUAAAAAAAACUGUCUUCCCUUGUCUCGGCUCAGUGUACGACCUACAGGAUAGCUCGGUGGGGCUCACCUGGGGAACCUGUGUCAAAUCACACGACUCUGUGUCUCUUUGUGAGAGGGAUAUCGUGUGGAACUGUCCUGUGCCAAAUAAAGCCUCAAAGUCUCUCUUUUA